CAUUUAUAACAAUGUCACCUAGGACAGAAUAACCAAAAUGAAACUAAAGCAUCGAUUAAAGGCUAGACAAUUCUGAUUUUUCUCAAUGGACAAUGGAGGCUUGGAGAGAAUCAAAUGAUUUCGACAUUGAACCGAGGCCGAGAUAUUGAGCAAAUUUGAAGAGACACACUUUGUCUUUAAUACUGGGCAAUAUCACUAUAGUUCCACCGCCAUGAAUCCAGACACCUACGCUGUGUGCGAGAAGCUCAUUCCAGCAACGUACGUCCAGCAGGGCCGAGAAUCGCGAAGGGUCAGGGAGAACAAGGUCAAGCAUCUCCUGGAGCAACGGAAAUGGCCAGAGGACGGCUGGGACGAGGAGACCAUCGAGAUGCUCCUCAGAGAGCUGUCUGUGAUGGAAAGUAAUAACUUCCAGGGGAAUUGCGGAGUAGGAGAGAGGGAAGGUCGGGUCGCUUCCGAUGCCGUCAGGAGGAGGCAUUAUGGGUUAGCUCAUGGUAUAGGGCGAUCAGGAGACAUCACGGCCAUACAACCCAAGGCUGCUGGCUCCAGUAUCCUCUCCAAGCUCACCAACUCCAUGGCUCUUGAUGUCCUACGUAUGACAGGAGUUCGGAGUGCAGCAUCGUGCUUCGUCGUACCCAUGGCAACGGGAAUGAGCCUUGUCCUCUGUUUCCUCACACUGAGGCAGCAGAGACCGAAAGCACGCUUCAUCCUCUGGCCCCGCAUCGACCAAAAGUCCUGCUUCAAGGCCAUCGUCACGGCGGGUUUCGAAUCCGUUGUCAUCGAGAACAAGCUCGAGGGCGACGAGCUCAGGACGGACAUCGAAGCUGUGUCGGCGAAGAUCGACGAGCUAGGAGCCGAUGAUAUCCUUGCUGUGUUUUCCACGACGAGUUGCUUCGCACCACGGGUUCCAGAAAGGCUAGAGGAACUAGCCAAGAUCUGUCAGGAGAAGGACAUCCCCCAUGUGAUCAACAAUGCCUAUGGUGUGCAGUCUUCCAAGUGCAUGCACCUCAUACAAGAAGCGUCUAGGAUUGGGAGAGUGGAUGCCUUCGUGCAGAGUACGGACAAGAACUUCAUGGUGCCGGUCGGUGGUUCGAUCAUCGCAGGAUUCGAUCGAGAGUUCAUGGACAGAAUCGGGCAGACGUAUCCUGGGCGAGCAUCUGCGUCGCCCUCUAUAGAUCUCUUCAUCACUCUGCUCUCACUUGGAUCUAAGGGUUACAAGAAUCUAUUGAAGGAAAGGAAGGAACUGUUCAAAUUUCUCGGUGAAGAGCUGGCAAAGGUUGCGGAGAAGCACGGUGAACGAUUGCUGCACACACCGCACAACCCAAUAUCCAUGGCGAUGACUGUAAACAAACCAGAUGGUGAUGGGAAGGCUUUGACAGAGCUUGGAUCCAUGCUGUUUACUAGAUGUGUAUCUGGUGCUAGAGUUGUUCCACAAGGCGUCUCUAAGGAAAUCAACGGUCAUCCCUUUCAAGGCUUUGGCUCUCAUUCCAACAACUACCCCUCUGCUUACCUGACAGCUGCUGCAGCUAUCGGUAUGACGAGAGAGGACGUUGAACUUUUCAUCAAACGUCUGGACAAGACACUUUCCAAGUGGAAAGGCAAGAAGGACGUAACUACCGAUCAAGUCGCUGAUGAGAGCAAAGAUGCUGUAGAUGAAAAAGUGUGAUGGAAGACCAAACCUUUCAUCAAACGUCUGGACAAGACUCUUUCCAAGUGGAAAGGCAAGAAGCGCAUAACUACCAAUGAGGUUGGUGAUGAGAGCAAAGAUAUAGUAGAUGACAAAGUUGUGAUUGUAGACUGAUCUUUUCAUCAAACAUCUUGACAAUACACUUUCUAAGUGGAAAGGCAAGAAGGACGUAACUACCGAUCAAGUCGCUGAUGAGAGCAAAGAUGUAGUAGAUGACAAAGUGUGAUUGAAGACUGAACUUUUCAUCAAACAUCUUGACAAUACACUUUCCAAGUGGAAAGGCAAGAAGGACGUAACUACCGAUCAAGUCGCUAACGAGAGCAAAGAUGUAAUAGGUGACAAGGUUUAAUGACGGAAGGCAAUGAACUUUUCAUCAUAUGCUUAAGCAAGACAAUGCAAACAUGGCAGGGCAAGAAGGAAGUAACUACCAAUCCUGUUGAAGAGAGUAAAGACGAUCUAGGUGAUCAUUUAUGAUGAAGGAAGUCAAUAGACUGGGUUAAAAGCCAUGAUCGCAAAAUGAAUUAUUUUUUAUAUGAAGUACAUUUUAACCAGUUCUUAUUAUAUCAGUACUAGUAAUUGAAAAUGUACAGGUAUAUACAAAAGGCAGAGAGAGAGGGAAGGAGAUAUAUAGAGAGAAGAUGGAAGAAAAAAAA